AUGUCGGACCUGUCAGUCGCCCGGAUCAUCGCACAGCUCGCGGCCGUCGAUUUCAACGCGCAGGAGGAUGCGACCCACUUCCUGCAACUCGAGUAUCCAGUGGGGGAACUUCUUCCCGACACCAUCGAUGCACCAUACCUGAUGGAGCCAUUGCAUGUGGCGCAUCGUAACAAGCCAGCAGAGGAGCGAACGAGUCUCGGACUCGCAUCUCCGACAUUCUUUGUCGAGCUACCAAAGACUGAAUGCCCAACAUGUCAAGGAACUCGCAGACGAGUGCCACAGGCCAUGGUCGCCCUCAUGAGCGCGAUCAACGAAUGUGCGCUCGUCUCUGGCCAUUCAAAACUUCAAGUUGUCUCGUUCUUUGACGACUUGGUAGCCGACCUGAUCUUUCGCAUCAGGUUGACCACAAAAUCUAUGGAAACGGUGCUGGACUUCGAGCUGACAUCACCCGAGAUGGAUGCACUGUUCGGCCAUACAGAGACGAUAGAAUGGAUCGCGAUGCUGGAUCAUCUCAUCACCAGGGCGUCAGAUCGUGCCUGUUAUCACGUUCAUGACCACUUGCUGGACUUCGACCCAGAUAUUCUCGACCGCGAUGAGUACCAGUGGAAUGAUGAGUGGGAUAGACCGCCGAAACUUGAAUUCUCGCCCCAAGAGCUAUACCUUCGCAAAGUGUCGCCUCGCUACGCAACAGACGGUGAUGCCGAGGAUCUGGUGGACUUGAAGCUUCCUUGCAGCCAUACCAAGCGAAUAGCUCUGGACACGCUGAAGACUCUCACAUUCGACGAGUGCUUGUCUGACUGCUGUAACAUCUGCAAGAAGCCGGUACUGUCUGUGGAAGACUGUCUUGCGUACAGACUCGCGAAGGAAAGACGUGAGGCUGAUGCUUCUGUGCAAAAGAACCACGACUGGACGAGUCUUGACCACUCCCCAAAUUCGGAGUCAAGGGGGUUGCACACCGCAAGCCUUUCAAAAGUGCUCGUCGAGGCACUAGCAAGCUUCGAAGCGCCAACUCUACUAUGUCCGGCAUCGCUAUCAUUGACAUCGAUGGACACCGUACGGAUGAUACUGGAUAACUUCACCACAAGCUUCUCCCAGACGGACUAUUACAUGGCUCACGACCCAGAGAGACUUGUGGCACUCUUGUUGCAAUUUGCCGUCGACACACCGGUGCGCGAUAUAGAUGGAAAGCAAGUACUACUCCACCAGACUUCGCUACAUCCAGGUCUUGUGAAGGGCCUUGUUGCCUGGCUGACCAGAGCUGUAAACUUCCUCGCCGAGCGCCAGUGUCGGAACGAAGAGACUGAUCACCUGGGAUUCCAUCACCACAGCAGUAUGCUGAUGUAUAACUCGGCGCUUUGGGAGAUCGGUGAAGAGGGGGAGGCCCCUCUGGAAGACAACAGUGCCACAGAAAUGGGGAGCUUGGAAGCUGCCAUGACAGAGACCAGUUUUAUCGGAGCAACGCCAAACACCUUGAGUACACGCUUGGGGGCGAUGGAUCUCGAUCAUCAAGCCAAGACUGCAGACCAUGACAGGAAUGUUGAAAAUCUUGCAGGGCAAGAAGAUGACAUUCUCUGA